GGAGCGGGAGGCGCUGGCGGCGGAGCUGCGGGAGCGGCGGCGGGGCGGGAUGCGGAGCCAGGAGCUGCGGGACGGCGCCGGAGAGUACGGGGGGAAGUUUGCUGAGCCGCUGCUGCACGAGGGCUGGAACAAAAACAGCGCGGAGCCCCAAGAGGCGGAGUCAGAGCUGCGCAGGAAGCACGGGAGAAAGGCUUGGGGUGAUCAGCUAAGGCAGCAAAACAAGGAAGAGGUGACCCAACUCGAAGAGAAGAAACGUUAUGAAAAUGAGUAUGAAACGGCACGAGGGGAAGCGCUGGAAAGAACAAGACGAGAGGAAGAGAAGGGCCAGCUAGAGAAGCAGCAAGCAGAGACAUUGCUUCAGCAGAUAGAAGAACUGAAAUUGCAAGAGACAAAGGCAACAAAGCUGAAAAAGGAACAAGAGAAUUUAUUAAAGCAGCAGUGGGAGCUGGAGAAUUUGGAAGAAGAAAGGAAACAAAUGGAAGAGCACCGGAGGAAGAAAGACCUUGGUCGCUUUUUGACGCAUCAGUGUGACGUCCAGUUAAGGAGACGAGCGCAGCAGAUACAGGAGGAGCUGGAGACAGACAAGCAAAUCUUAUCAGCCCUCCUGGAGAAAGAAGAGGAGGAUCAGCGCCGGCAGAUCGCGCAGCGGGAACGGGCGGUGGCAGACGUGGCCUGGAUGAAGAAGGUCAUCGAGGAACAGCUCCAGCUGGAAAAGGAGAGGGAAGCAGAGCUCGAGACUAUCUUCAGGGAGGAAGCAAAAAAAAUGUGGGAGAAGAGGGAAGAAGAAUGGGAGAGAGAGAAGGUGGCCAGAGAUCGCCUGAUGAGUGAGGUCCUUGCAGGCAGACAGCGCCAGAUCCAAGAGAAGAUGCAGUUAAACAGACGGGCCCAAGAAGAGUCCAUUAAGUAUCGAGAGCAGCUGAUCAAAGAGCUGGAGGAGGCGAAGAAAGGGACUCGCCGGGAGAAGGAGCAGGAGGAGGAAGAGCAGCGAGCCCGCAGGAGGGAGCUGCAGGCACAGGGGACAGAGCACAGCUCGAGAGAGGAGGAGGAACAGCAGGAGGGAUGGGCCCAGCAGCACCUCCAGGAGCUGGAGAGGCAGGAGGGUGAGGAGGCCUGGCACAGCAGGUUGUACAGUUACCCAAGAGCAGCUUGGACCUGAGGAAUGAGCACGAGAUGCAGCUCCAGACUACAGAAAGAAAACUGUGAGGACUCAAGGAACUCCUGAAAUAAUGGUGCCUCUGGAAUAGCCUACAGUAAGAUGCAGACUUGACUCAGUAGAUUUCUGAAAAUAUUUAGUUGUGGCCAAGCUGAAGAGGAGAAAAGUUCCAGUCUUCAGGAAUGUGGAGGUGUGAGCACCUUCAGAGAAGUGAACUGCUUCACUCUGCAUUCUGGAGUUGUGCUCCAGCUGAGAGGCUGAAGAAACACAGCAAAUAAAAGGGCCCUGCGGACCUGAGCCAAAAAAGAAUCUGUGUCUCUCCAGGAAGAGGAGCUGUGAAACACCAGGGCCUGUGUCAGACUCCCACCAUGGAGAAUCCAGGCUGUGCCUGGGCUCCCACUGGGCGUUGAGAAGUUAAUUCAUAAUGCACAUUGCAAAUCAGUGUGUGCUGUGGUAGCAGUGCUUUUCAAGUUCCUCUCCAGAAGGUGCUGGAGAGUUCAUUAAAUGUUGUU